CUAAACAUUACUAAUGGUUGAUAAUCAGGAAUUACCAGAAGCAGCACAAUGUAUGAUCACAGAAAAAGAAAGAGAAGUAGCAGAAAUUCUGUUAAACUUACCGGAGCUUAUAGCUAAAUUAAGUGAUUAUGGUAAAGAACAACUUCUUCCUUGGGGCUGGAAAAAACGGAGAUCCGCCAUUAAUUAUCCUCUAACUCCAUUACCGUCCCCAGAACUUCAACAAUCACCACCGGCAGCUGACUUCUCCCCGUCACCGUCACCGUCACCGUCAUCCUCACCAAAACUGCAGAGAUUCAAGCCUAGAGUUGCCAACACUAAGGACCAGUUGCUGCAGCAAAUUAAUGAGUUAACACAGCGGGAAAAGGUUUACCAACAGGUUGCGGAGUUGCUCAAGGUCCAGAGUCACCUAGAGAGGCAAAUAGAAUUCAAUACCACCUUGAAAGAGUUAACUGGAGCAACAACUUUGGCAUAUACAGAUUAG